AAAACACAGGCUCUCGUCCUAACCCUAACUUUCAUUUCCACUUCACAAAAACAACCUUUGCACCUUCUCACCAAACCAAAAAUGGCCGCCGCCGCCCGCCCACUGGUCACAAUCCAGCAACUGGAAUCCGACAUGGCGACUGACAACACCACCCUCCCACUCCCACAUGUCAUGAAAUCCUCGAUCAGACCAGACAUUGUCAACUUUGUCCACGCCAACAUCUCAAAAAACAGCCGUCAGCCCUACGCGGUGUCUCGCAAAGCCGGCCACCAGACCUCCGCCGAGUCAUGGGGAACUGGCCGUGCCGUGUCACGUAUCCCACGUGUUCCCGGCGGUGGUACCCACCGUGCCGGACAAGGAGCUUUCGGAAAUAUGUGUAGAGGUGGACGGAUGUUUGCACCAACAAGGAUCUGGAGGAGGUGGCACAGGAAGAUCAAUGUUAACCAGAAGCGAUACGCUGUCGUAUCGGCUAUUGCAGCGAGUGCCGUACCUUCGCUUGUGAUGGCGCGUGGACACAGGAUUGAAGAGGUUCCGGAAUUGCCGUUAGUCGUUAGUGAUACAGCAGAAGGAAUAGAGAAGACUCAGAAUGCGAUUAAGGUUUUGAAGCAGAUUGGUGCUUAUCCUGAUGCUGAGAAAGCCAAGGAUUCUGUUGGCAUUCGUCCUGGAAAGGGCAAAAUGAGAAACCGCAGGUACAUUUCCCGCAAAGGACCCUUGAUUGUGUAUGGGACUGAAGGUGCCAAGCUCGUUAAGGCAUUCCGGAACAUUCCUGGAGUUGAGGUUGCUAAUGUUGAGAGGUUGAACUUGCUUAAGUUGGCUCCAGGAGGUCAUCUUGGAAGGUUUAUCAUCUGGACUAAAUCUGCUUUUGAGAAGCUUGAUUCGAUCUACGGUUCGUUUGAGAAGACUAGCGAGAAGAAGAAGGGGUAUGUUUUGCCUAGGGCUAAGAUGGUGAAUGCAGAUUUGGCUAGGAUUAUCAACUCUGAUGAGGUGCAGUCUGUUGUGAAGCCAAUUAAGAAGGAGGUGAAGAGGGCACCAAUGAAGAAGAACCCAUUGAAGAACUUGAACACCAUGCUGAGGUUGAACCCAUAUGCCAAGACCGCAAAGAGGAUGGCUCUUCUUGCUGAAGAGCAGAGGAAGAAGUCCAAGCAAGAGAAGCUCGACAAGAAGAGGCAGCCAAUUUCUAAGGAGGAAGCGUUAAAGAUCAAGACUGCUAGCAAGGCAUGGUACAAGACUAUGAUCUCUGACAGUGAUUAUGCUGAGUUUGAUGUUUUCACCAAGUGGCUCGGAGUUUCACAGUGAUGUCUCCUUUCAUUGUGUUGAAUUGGUUUGUUAGUUUAAGACGAUCUCCUGAUAGACGUAAAUACAGAGUACCCUUUUGUUUCAUCGUUCAGCUAGACAUAAACCUUUAUCCGUGUUUUAUUUUGCUGGUUUCACCCAGUCUCCAGAGUUUUGUUAUGAUUAGGCUUUCAGUUGAAACAUUGACUAAUGUUUUUGUGUUUGAA